GCGAAACGUGCAAAAUGUGACCGUUCUCUAUUCCGAAUCCUCUGUUUCGCUAUUUUUUCGUCCCGUCCAUCUCCGAAACCCUAAUCCUCGCUCUCCUUCCUCUCCUCCCAUCAAUCCCCCAAACCCUAACCCCACAUCUCUCUCUCUCCGAUUCCUCUUGUCUACGGUUUCUUGCAUGGAUCCCUAGCCCGUCAAUGGCGCCCGACAAUCGUCGCGCUUCCUCCUCUGUCGUCGAGAUGCCGCCAUGGUCAUGGGCGCCGUGAUCGACUGUAGGAAGCGCCCUCGCUUCUUCGACCUCGGCCACCGCGAUCGAUCCUCCGCCGUUAACACCCCCUGUAAGAAAUUUAAGCCCCUAAUCCCCCCGUUCUCGCGGCAUCUCAAGGGUACCCCUCGCCGCAGCUUCGGGAUGGGCAUCUCCGAUUCGCGGUUCUUGGACGAUUUCUUCAGCUCCGAUUGGGUCUCAUGGUGGAGUCGCCCGAAGAAGAACGCGGCCUCGGUUGGUGAGGACGAGAGCGGUGGUGAGAGCUGGGGAUGGGAGGAGUACUCGCGAUGGCUCUUCGGCUCGAGAGAUGAUCCUUCUAGGGUUUCCAAUGAUAGGAGGGUUGCGUUCCAUAGCUCAAUUUGUAGAGAGGCAGUGGACUUGAGCUUUGUUUCUAGGAGGACGGAUGGAGUGCCUGAUUCUUCUCACGUUGUGAAUCGGAGGGUCGAGGAUGCGAGUAAGAUAGCCUUGGAGUCGCGAAAGAGAAUUCCCUUUUAUAAAUAUUUGUAUGAGGCAGCGUCGAGGAAGCAUGAUCCCAUUUUGAGGAGACUGGAAUCAGAGCAGAAGGUGACCGAGGAGAAGUUAUCUGGCUACCGCAGUGCACGUGAGCGACCACCCCCAAAAUCCAGAGAGGAUCUGCAUGAACUCUUUUCUCCCCUAACAGAAGAAGAAGAGGACAAAGUAACUGAUGCCUUGUAUCGUGGCGAAAGUAACAGAAUCCUAGUAACACACAAGGCAUCCAACCUAGAGAUUAAUAAAGAGAUCCUGCAGUGCUUGCAAAGUGGUGGGUGGUUGAAUGAUGAGGUCAUAAAUUUGUAUCUUGAAUUACUAAAGGAACGUGAAAGAAGAGAACCAAAGAAGUUCUUGAAAUGCCAUUUCUUUAAUACGUUUUUCUACAAAAAGCUAAUCAGCGGGGACAAUGGCUAUGACUACAAAGCUGUAAGAAGAUGGACUACCCAGAAGAAGUUAGGGUAUGGCCUUAUUGAAUGUGACAAAAUAUUUGUUCCUAUACACAGAGGGAAUCAUUGGUGCUUGGCAGUUAUUAAUGUGAAGAGUAAAAGCUUCCAAUAUCUUGACUCAUUUGGUCGCAUGGACUUUGCUGUCCUAGAAGUACUGGGUCGAUAUCUCAUGGACGAGGUGAUGGACAAAAGUAACAAAGAAAUAGAUAUGACUUCUUGGAAGAUAGAACAAGUCGAUGGCAUACCAAAGCAGAGGAAUGGGCCCUUUUUAAACAUGACAGAUGGGACUGUGGUAUGUUCAUGCUCAAGUACAUUGACUUCUACAGCAGAGAUUUGAGUCUAUGUUUUGGCCAGGAGCACAUGGAGUAUUUCAGAAAGAGAACUGCAAAAGAGAUUCUGCAGCUGAGAGCUGAUUGAAAUGGUUUGGGAAUUAAAAAAUCAUUUUCAAGAUAUACCUUUAUAUGGGUUGUUCUAGUUGGUUUUGGUCAAAAUGAUUACGCCAAACUAGAUUCAUUUGUUUCGAGAAUUGAAAACAAUGUCUAUAGUCUUUUGACUUGGUCCUCAUGGUUUUGCUAUACUUUUCUUUAUCUUAAAAAGAGGUCUUGCAAUCCAUAUGAUGGGUGUAAUUUUUUGAUGGGCAUACACACACACACACAGCUUCUUUGUAUAGCUUGGGCAUUAACUUGUAGACAAAUGAUACUGGGCUUGGUGUUUUGGAAGGAGAUGAUACUUUGCUUUGUUUUGUUUUGUUUUUCCCACAGUGAUCCGGGAAUGUUAGGGUUGAAUUUUUGAUGAUUUGUUGCCGUUCUUUCUAUUUGUAUCUCAUGUACUGUAAACUGUUACUUUGCAAGUAUAAUAAUGAUCAAAGAUGUAAGACUUGAUUGCUAUUUUCA